UGGUAUCUGUGAAGAUUGCCCGUGUAUCAGACCGGAGCCCACGACCGCGGCAAGCGCAACCAAUUCUCGACAGGACAGCUCUGUAACACCUUGUCCGAAGAGAUCUGACUCAAGAGCGACGACGACGACGAGAAACGAAAACGAAGACACUGUGAAUGGAUCGGAUUCUAAAGGCUGCUCGGACCUCUGGCUCGCUCAACCUUUCCAAUCGCUCUCUCCGCGAUGUACCAGAAAUGGUAUAUCAAAACUUGGAAGCAACUGGUGAGGGAGAGAACUGGUGGGAGGCUGUUGAUUUGCAGAAGUUGAUAUUGGCACAUAAUAACAUCGAGGUUUUGAGAGAAGAUCUUAGGAAUUUGCCUUGCUUGGUAGUGCUUAAUGUCAGCCACAAUAAACUUUCUGAGCUUCCUGUUGCAAUUGGGGAGCUUACGGCAUUGAAGUCUUUGGAUGUGUCCUUUAAUUCGAUAUCAGAAGUUCCUGAGCAGAUUGGUUCAGCGACUUCUCUUGUCAAGUUUGACUGUUCAAACAAUCAACUGAAGGAACUUCCAGGAUCUCUCGGAAGAUGUUUGGAUUUAUCAGAAUUGAAGGCCUCAAACAAUCUCAUUUCCAAUUUGCCAGAAGACCUUGCAAACUGUUCAAAAUUAUCUAAACUAGACGUGGAGGGAAACAAACUGAUUGCCCUGUCUGAGAAGCAGAUAGCAUCAUGGACCAUGCUCACAGAACUCAAUGCAUCUAAGAAUAUGAUGAGCAUUCUGCCACAGAAUAUUGGAACCCUUUCACGUCUUAUCCGGCUUGACCUUCAUCAGAACCGAAUAGUGUCCAUUCCACCAUCAAUAGGGGGCUGCUCUUCCCUCGUGGAGUUUUAUAUGGGAAAUAACUCACUAUCAACAUUACCGGCAGAGCUUGGAGAACUUUCUCGGCUGGGUACUUUAGAUCUUCGCUCAAAUCAGCUCAAAGAAUACCCAGUUGAGGCAUGUAAAUUGAAGCUUUCCUACCUGGAUCUCUCGAAUAAUUCAUUGGCAGGAUUGCAUCCUGAGCUCGGAAAGAUGACUACUCUGAGGAAACUUGUCCUUGCUGGCAAUCCUAUGAGAACCCUUAGAAGCUCCUUGGUGAAUGGUCCUACAGUUACUCUAUUGAAGUAUCUUAGAAGCCGGCUUUCCGAAAAUGAAGAUUCAAGUGUAAGCACUCCGAAGAAAGAAGAUGUGAUUGCUUCAGCUGCCCGUAUGUCCAUUAGUUCAAAGGAACUGUCUCUGGAAGAUCUGAACUUGAAUGUUGUCCCUUCGGAAGUAUGGGAAUCUGAUGGAAUCACGAAGCUCAAUCUCUCUAAGAAUUCUGUCUUGGAAUUGCCCUCCGAGCUUUCUUCUUGCGUUACCCUUCAGACUCUCGUUUUGUCGAGGAACAAGAUUACAGAUUGGCCCGGCGAUAUCUUGAAACCGCUUCCGAAUCUUGUGUGUUUGAAGUUGGAUAAUAAUCCCUUGAAGCAGAUCCCGUUUGAUGGAUUUCAAGCAAUCUCUAGGCUUCAGAUUCUUGAUCUAAGUGGCAAUGCAGCUUCACUGAGGGAGCAUCCCAAGUUUUGUGACCUCCCACUUCUGCAAGAGCUUUAUCUGAGGAGAGUGCAACUGAGCGUUAUCCCCGUAGAUAUCAUGAACUUAGUUCAUCUGCAAAUCCUGGACGUGAGCCAGAAUUCACUUCAAUCAGUUCCUGAGAGUUUCAAGAACAUGACUUCUCUGACAGAGCUCGACUUGUCUGACAACAACAUUUCAACCCUCCCUGCAGAAUUGGGCUUGCUUGAACCGACCCUCGAGGCUUUACGGCUUGACGGGAACCCAUUGCGAAGCAUCAGGAGGGCAAUUCUGGAUAGAGGAACAAAAGCUGUGUUGAAUUACCUAAAGGACAAACUUCCAGGUCAAUAGAAACACUCCAUUCCUCGAAACUCCGAGCUCGAAACCCACUUUCUUUUUGUCUGUAAUAUUUCUCUGUACAAUGCACUCUUUUGCUCGGGCCCGAGAUUUUUUGCGUUCUCGUGUGUGAGAGAUUAUGACCGCAAUAGCGAUGAAACUCAGUUACCUGUCCCUGUAAUAAGACUUAGAACCAGUUGGUUCAACUUGUGUGUUUCCA